AUACAUAUGUAUUAUUCUUUUGAUGAUGGUGGCGUAGAAGCCAAAACACGGGAUGAUGCAGUCACCAAUACACAUGGGCGCUCCUUUCCUACGACUAAUAAAACCAUCAUUUAUCCCCCCCCUGGCCCUGAGAACUUCCUUCCGCCCCUACUUCUGUCUUUCCCAUAUUCUCUCACAGAUCAUUUAUCAAACACUUUCCUGAUUGUGCAGUUUUGAAUGGGAAAUUCCACAACCCUAUUGUCAUUCUUCGUUCUCAUUCUCAUUUUCCUCAUCAAUUCCUCAUUAGGCACAUCAACACUUACAACUGUGUCCAAAGAUCAAAUAUCAUGCACAAUGUGCUCUGCAUGUGAUAACCCAUGUCAACCCCUUCCAUCUCCUCCGCCGCCGUCUCCGCCCCCACCGGCUAUUGUCUCUGACUGCCCGCCACCUCCAGUUACGCCAAGUUCAGGAUCCUAUUACUAUUCUCCUCCGCCGCCAUCAGAGCCUAUGUUCAUUUACUCAUCUCCGCCUCCACCAGGAGUUGGCGGUGCAUUUUAUCCCCCGGCAAACAAUGGGAACUAUCAAGGCCCGCCGCCACCAAACCCAAUAGUUCCUUACUUCCCAUUCUAUUAUUACAACCCACCACCUUCUUCUUUUGUUUCGAGCAACUGUGCCCGUUUGGAGAUGCACUCUAUUUUUCUUAGCUUUUGGUUCUUUUAUUUCCUCCUGUUGAAGUGAUUGCAGAUAAAUGUUCAGUCAUAGACAGGUUUUUCUAAAAUAUACGUGGUUGGUGCUUAUUUUCCUUACUGCUAGAAAAUAAAAUCUGGUGGUUGCAUUGAUCUCUAGACUUACAGCUGAGGAAAGUGACAAGGCAGAAGAAAUAAUAAGAUGCAUUCCACACUUGUAAUUUUCUCUCUAUGUGUAUUCUUCACUGUCAUGUUUUGUGAAAUAAAUGAAAAUUUUUGUAAUAUGUUUAAUAUUCUUAGGACGGUAGUCAUUGAAUUUUCGCAAUACGGUUUAAAUUUGUCGGUUGUCCUGGAGUUUUAUGAUGUUGAGCGUUUAUUGUGAUUAUUGUAAUCAAGCAAUCCCGUGUGGU